AUGCCGUCUUACGCCAAUCUUGCGGCUCUCUCGGCGGCCUUGCUGCAUGUGCUUCCUGCCCUUGCAGCCCCUGUGGCCGGUGGCUCUGGUCCCGACGCCUGGGCCGAGGACACAUUCUGGGGAAGUUCCGGCCAUGGAGAUACCGCGAACAUCAACAUCGAUGGAGACGAUAGCUACAGCCAUGGUGGCCCAGAAGGGGGAUAUGGAGGGUCUGACAACCACUGCGGCCACCAUUAUGGUUACCAUUCUCCACCGCCGUUCACUACGACUGACUGCCCUGUCUCGCCCACUGCCACCGUGACCGUCACUAUCGACGGCGACGGCACAGGCUCAGCCACCAUCACGGAAAUAAUCACUGCCUGCACAGCGACUGUGACAACCGGCAACAACAACAUCGCCGGAUCAACCACCACAGAGACAGAGACUGAAACCGUCGUCUCGACAAUCAGCUCGUGCACCGCAACAACCACGGAUCUAACAACCGUAACAGAAGACGGCCCAACAGUAACAUCAACAAUCACAACCCCAGGCCCCGUCUCAACCACAACCGAAUACAUCGGCACCUCCACUGUCACCGAGCCCGGCGUUACAGAAACUGAAACGGUCACCGAUACAAUCACCACAACCGACACAAGCACCAUCACCAACAACCAGGUCGUCACCGAAAUCUCAACCGUCACCUCGACAGACACCAAAACUCUCGAGGUUACGACCACCGUGACGGCGGAUGACUGCAGCAACACUGGCGACUCUGGUGGUGGUCUUGAUUACGGAACGUGCACCGAUCCCACUAUCAAGUGGGAGUAUGGUCUUGAUGGACGUACGGAUUACUCUUACACCACCAACAACCAGAACGACUUCCCCUUUGGAUCGUCGCCUACGAUCGAUGCUCCUGCUGAUUUGGUCUGCAACCGUCUUCGUAGCCCGUGUAAUGCUCCUCAGGCUACUAUCGAUCAGUGCUAUGCUGCUGAGAGUGCCGUUGCUGGUUUGAGUGGGCAGGCGGCUGCGGAUACUUGGAAUGAGAUGAUGACUUGA